GUACACAUCAGCAUUUUGAGAAAAACAUCUUGAAUGAACAAACUUGUAUGCAGGUUUGCAUGAGCAUGUGCCUGCUGAUCUGUGUGAGGUUUCUUGUAUCUCGGUUGCAGGGGAGCACAAGUUGAAGAAAUAUGGAGUCUGGAACCAGAGAACUUUGAAAAAUUAAAAGAAUCGUAGAAGAUUAGGAUUGAAAGAGACCUCUGGAGGUCAUCUAGUCCAGACUCCUGCUCAGAGCAGGACCAACCCCAACUACAUCAUCCCAGCCAGGGCUUUGUCAAGCCGAGGCUUAAAAACCUCUUAAGGAUGAAGAUUCCACCACCUCCCUACAUAACCUAUUCCAGUGCUUCACCACCUUCCUAGUCAAAUAGUUUUUCCUACUAUUCAACGUAGACCUCCCCCACUGCAACUUGAGACCUUUGCUCCUUGUUCUGUCAUCUCCCACCACUGAACCGCCUAGCUCCAUUCUCUUUGGAACCCCCCUUCAGACCGGUUCAUGGGCUGAUCUUCCUCUUCAAGUGGCAGCCAGGAGAAGAGCCAGCAGGCUCUGUUGUUCAGGAUUCCAGACUAGACACAAUAUUUUUUGCUAAACAGGUAUGAUAUGGUCCUCUAUUUGGGGCCUCAGAACUGUGGAUGAUCUUACAUGCCAUUUGAGCUAGGAUACCUAGGCACAAUGAGGUAAUAAACAAUGCUUGUGCUACUCAAGCCAUAGUAAGUGUGCUAUUAAACUGUAUCCAUCAAGAUAUCCAUCUAGGAGAGACACUAGCAGAAUUUAAAGAAUUUUCACAAAGUUUUGAUGCUGCGAUGAAAGGUUUGGCACUAAGCAACUCAGAAGUGAUUCGACAGGUUCACAAUAGUUUUGCCAGACAACAAAUGUUUGAGUUUGAUGCAAAGUCAUCAGCAAAAGAAGAAGAUGCAUUUCACUUUGUAAGUUAUGUUCCUGUUAAUGGAAGGCUAUAUGAACUAGAUGGACUAAGGGAAGGACCAAUUGAUUUAGGUGCCUGUAAUCAAGAUGAUUGGAUCAGUGCUGUCAGGCCUGUCAUAGAGAAACGAAUACAAAAAUACAGUGAAGGGGAGAUAAGAUUUAACCUUAUGGCCAUUGUGUCUGACAGAAAAAUGAUAUAUGAGCAGAAGAUAGCAGAAUUACAGCAGCAACUUUCAGAGGAAGAGCCAAUGGAUACAGACCAGAGUGGUAAUAUAUUAAGUUCUAUUCAGUCAGAAGUUGCAAAAUAUCAGAUGUUAAUUGAAGAAGAGAACCAAAAACUAAAAAGAUACAAGAUUGAAAAUAUUAGAAGAAAACAUAACUACCUGCCUUUCAUCAUGGAAUUGUUAAAAACUUUAGCAGAACACCAGCAGUUAAUACCACUGGUAGAGAAGGCAAAAGAAAAACAGAAUGCCAAGAAAGCUCAGGAGGCCAAGUGAAGAUAAUUUUGGAGGAAAAAUAUAUACAAUAAUGUGCUUCUGACCUUGUUUUCAUGAAACAAGCCUACACGACUUUUCCAUAAACUUCAAAUUUGUCCAGCGCACGUUUGACAAUUGUAACAGUUUGUCUUGUAUCGUAUGUACGGGUCUAUAAAUCUCCUCCCCUUGCAUCAUAUGCAUGUAGAACCUACUAAGUAAUGUUUAGUCUCUUGAUCAAAUUCCAUUAUUUAACGGUUGUAUCUGAUCAAUUCCUCAUAGCUUAUUGGGAAGUAGAACUGCCAUUGUUAUAGAUCUGAAAAUGUGCAAAUAAUGUACCCAUGUUUUAAUCUCUUCCUAAUGAAAAUAUUUACACCUCAUCCCAUGUUAAGGGACUUGGAUUUCUAAUGAUGCAGAGAAUGUCAAAAUUUUAAAAUAACAGUUGGGCUUUCUCUGUUCAUCACCAUUAACAGGUAUUAUAAUCUGACUCUCUUCACCAACUUCCCCUGUGUCUUUGUUUUUAUGAACUUUGACUAAUUUUUUACAGAGUUGAAAAGUAUGAAUUUAGCUGUAAACCACUUGCAAAGAACAAUGUGUAAUCUCAAAAGAUCGGCAUUGCUUUAGUAGAAAAGAUAAUAAAUAUUCCCAUUUUUAUUUUGGCAAA